AUGAACAUUAAAGCUGACGACAGAAAAUGGAAUUUUCUCAUGUCCAUGGCUGUGGGAAUUGAUGAAAUGCAGGAUGGUUUGAGGAAGUCUGCUCAAACUGAUCAUUUGCCGUUAUGUCCAUCCAAAAGUAUGAUAAAUAGUGUGGUAUCAGGCUUGUCUGUUGAAAUUGUUGGGUGCAGUUACCUGGCAAAGAUACUGGCUCCAGAAGGUUCAAAGGAUGUGGCUGUGGGGAAACCUAUUGCAGUAACAGUUGAAGAUCCAGUUGAUAUUGAAGCUGUAAAGACCACUACAGUCAAAAAGCGAGAACCAACUCAUCAUGAAUCCAAAAGUAAAGUUAGAGAGCAGAAGUCUGGUACAAAGAUCAGUACAUCAGCAAAGUUGCUUAGAAUAUGGAUUAGAUGCAUCAUCACUAAAGAAAAAACCAUCAACUCAAAUCAUCCUAAGAAAUCUCCUUCAGCGAGGCCUGAGUCAAAAGCUCAUCCACAGCAAUCAGAUUCUUUCGAAGACUCGUCCAAUACUCAAAUUUGCAAGGUUAUUGCGAGGAGGCUAUUGGAAUCAAAACAGACUACGCCACAUUUGUAUUUAUCUUCUGAUGUUAUACUGGAUCCUCUUCUUUCGUUUAGGAAGGAGCUUAAAGAGAAGCAUGAUAUUAAAGUUUCAGUUAAUGACAUCGUCAUAGAAGCAGUGGCAAUUGCUUUGAAAAAUGUACCUGAAGCUAAUGCUUAUUGGGAUGUUGAGAAAAGGGGAAAUAAUUGUGUGAUUCUGUUGACAUAUCAAUUUCAGUUGCUACUGAGAAGGGUUUAAUGAUUCCAAUUGUAAGAAAUGCAGAUCAGAAAUCCAUUUCAUCAAUCUCCUCAGAGGUACUUUCAUUUUUGACCUCUACCCUUUGUUGAUUUUAACAACUUUGUUUGGCUCCACUACUCUGUAGUGUAAGUGAUAUGACUGCGGUUUUAAGCCUAGCAGCCUCGCGUUGGACAUAACAUAAACUUGAGCUUUCUCAAUUUUGGUUACUUUACACCAGAUCAUUAGGUUUAUUGCCUAUGUACUCUGCCUUUUAAGCUUGUUUAAAUCUCAAUUCAGAAAGGUAAUGCUAAUUAUGAGGUUUUUAUAUUACCUUAUUUUGGGUUGAUUUUUAGGUUUUGAUUUGUGCCAAAUUGUUGAUAUAUUUACA